GGUAAGUCCAUUCUAUUACAACCCAUUAAUUCUUGUUUCAAGAAAUGUUUCGUUUUACCUCAAAAUUACUGAUAAAUUACAGAACCAUCGACUCUAAAUUAUUUUAUACUCGCUGUGUUGAAACAAUACCAAUUCUAGAUUCACCUCCAAAAAACGAACAAUCUUUAACAGUUUCAUACCUCUCAAAUUCAUGUGGGUUGUCUUUACAACGGGCAAUUUCCGCCACUAAAUAUGUUCACAUUGAAAACACAGAUAAACCUAAUUUGGUUCUUGAAUUACUCAAAGCUCACGGCUUUGCGAAUUCCCAAAUUACCCGCUUAAUUUCCAAGCACCCACAGCUUAUUUUAUCUGAUCCUGAGAAAACCCUUAAGCCCAAGAUUCAAUUUCUUGAAUCAUUGGGUAUUGCUAGAGCUGACUUGCCUAAGAUUUUAUGUUUAGAGGGGCAAAUUUUACUUACUAGUUUGAAAAACAAGAUUUUGCCUACUAUUGAUUAUCUUAGGGAGAUACUUGAGAGUGAUGAGAAGGUUUUGUAUGCGUUAAAGCGGUGUCCGCGGACUCUUAGGAUAGGUACUGAUGCAAUGGUGUUGAAUAUCGACACUUUGCGUGCUCAUGGUGUGCCGAAACCUAAUAUACGGACUCUGAUUAUAUUGGAUCCUUUGUCUAUAUUGCUUAGAGUUGAUUUGUUUGAACAAGUUGUUCGGGAUGUUAAGGAAAUGGGAUUUGAGCCGAAGAAAAAGAAUUUUGUGUAUGCUUUACGUUCUAUGUCGGUUAUGAGCAAAUCAUUGUGGGAGAGUAAAAAGGAGCUUUUGUUGGGAUUUGGCUGGUCGGAAAAAGAGUUUUUGUUGGCGUUUAGAUUACAGCCGAUGUUUAUGCUUACUUCUGAGAAGAAGAUGAAGGUGUUAAUGGAGUUUUUUACGACUGAACUUAGUUUAAAGCCUUCGGAUAUUGUUAAAUGCCCUAAUCUGUUUUUAGCUAGUUUGGAGAAAAGAAUCAUACCGAGAUGCUCCGCUUUAAAGCUGCUAAUGUCAAAAGGCAAAGUUUCUGAUGAUGUAGAUUUUGUAUGGGCAUUAUUUUUGAGUAAGGAAAGGUUUGAGAAAACAUAUAUUACUUGCUUCAAGCAGGAAUAUCCUGAAUUAAUUGAAGCAUACCAGGUUUAACGCCGUAAUUCAAGGACUUGUAGCAGCUAAGCAAUAGAUAAAACAAUAAAUGCAUCUCUUAUGUCUGGAAACUAUUGAUGGAGAUCAAUUUUGCUGAUCGUGUCAAGCUUAAUCUCGUAAUCGGUUGUAACAACUUGCAAGCAGUUCUUUUGCUGACAAUUUUUAUUCCUGCCCACCCUCCUUGAUCCCUAACACAAGAAGAGUUAACAGACAUGUGAUGAAAUUCUGAACAACAAAUGAAAGCGGAAGGUCAGACUUCCAAGACUAAUUCAACUUCCUUGGGGGAAAAUAAAAAACCUGAACAGCUUUAUUGUUGAUCGAUAGAUUAUAAAUACUCAAGUUCUUUUUAGCAAAUUUUGAUUUGUUGUAAUUUGAAAUUGACAACGUCAGCUUCAUAUUAUGUUUAUUUUUUGGCAGUGACCUAGUGGUGAAACUUUGCAAGGACCGUAGGUGAUUCAGUUUCUUCAUUGAUUCUAAUCAUAUUCUUUACUGAGCUUCGAUCUA